AGUGAGUGAGUGAGUGAGAGAGAGAACCACCCCCCCCUGUAUAAAUGACUCCUCUCCUCCUCAUCUCUUUAAUCCUCUCUUCCUUUAGUUUCUCACAGGACACAAUCAUGAGGAGUCUCUACUGGGCGGCUCUGGGUUUAUUCUCUGCUUUACUGGCUUCAGCCGAAGUGGCAAAGAGAUGCUCUGCACCUCCGGAGCAGCCGCCUGCCCGGCUGGAGGAGAAGUUCAGCCGCAGACGGGGCUUCAGCAGCGGGGAGAAGGUGAGCUACACCUGCCCGGAGGACUUCACUCCCAGGGGCAGCAGGUCCGUGCAGUGUUUGGAAGGAAAAUGGACCAAACUGGCUCUGAAGUGCGAGAAGAGAGUGUGUGGAAACCCCGGGGAUCUACCGAAUGGACAGUUCAAAUAUAAAGGGAAUUCAUUUAUUGGCCAGAAGGUUUUCGCGACGUGCAAUGAGGGAUACACUCUGAAGGGACUGAACUACAUGGUAUGCAAGAGCUCUGGGUGGACCGGUGAAUUCCCGAAAUGUGAAGAGGGAGCGGCCACCUGCUCCUCCCCUGCAGUGGACCACACUGUGAAGGCUGCUGGGAAGGUGUCUGUGUACCAGCUGGGAGACAACGUGACCUUCACCUGCAGUCAGGGCUUCCAGCUGAACGGAGCUCCGCAGGUCACAUGUGGCCCCGGUGGACGGUGGCAGCCUCGGCUCCCUCGGUGUCUGCCCUCGAAAGAAAGACCUGCUCAGCCCUCUCGCAGUAAAACAGGUGGAUGUGGCAAACCGCUCGCCACCAAAGAAAACAAGGCCAACCUCGCUGACAAGUAUAUCACCAUGGCAACCUUUGCGUCCGGUGACCGAGUCCACUACACGUGUGACGUUGGACACGCUCCAGCUGGAGGCAGCAGAUUUCGCAUGUGCAGGAACGGGAAGUGGACGCCGCUGUUCCUGAAAUGUGAACCAAAGCAGUGCGGCUCUGCAGGAGAGAUUCUGAAUGGACAGUUCACAUACACUGGAGUAGAGUUUGGAGACACCGCUACAGCCGUCUGUGAUAAAGGGUAUACUCUCGUCGGACCGGCCACCAGGAACUGUAAGAACAACGGCUGGGAUGGACGUGUGCCUGUUUGUGAAGCUAUGGUGUGUGAGACGGCUCCAGAGGGGACCAACGCAGAGAGGAAAAACCUUCAGGAGCCACCGUACACGUUCAGGAGCGUGAUUGGCUAUAAGUGUCGUGAGGGAACUCUUGUUGGACCAAAGGAGAUCUGGUGCACCAAGACCGGGACAUGGAGCGCACCUCCUCCGACAUGCAAAGUGAUUACAUGUCCGUCUCCAAUCGUGUCCAACGCCUCCUGGGCUGGAGCUCAGAUCAACCUGUAUCAAUACAGGGACACCAUAUCCAUCGAGUGUAACACAGGCUACACCAUGAUUGGCCAGAGCUCCGUUACCUGUGGUCUAGAUGGCCAGUGGUCACCUGACCUGCCCAAAUGUAGACGCACAGGGCAUGCAGUUGUGAACUGAAAUGCAAAACCAGAGUAUUCCAUCGAGCCAAUAAUGCAAUAAUGAUCUUAUUUGCUCAUGAAACUUAACUUUCAGACAUUAAAGUGUGUUUGAAAUGAA